AUGCUAUUGAACAAAAGUUUGUUAAAGUUUUCAAAUAUGAUUCUUUUCGGGAUUUAAAAAUGAUCGGUAGAGGAGGGUUUGGCGCUGUAUAUAGUGCUUAUUCAAAAAAUACUAAAAAACAUGUAGCUUUAAAAAGUUUACAAUGCAAUGAUGACGAUAAUUCGUCAAAUGGACCUAAACAAGAAUGCUAUAAGUUAGAAAAAUAUGAUGAAGCGCUAGUAGAUUUAAAUAAAUCCUUAGAAAUUAAUCCAAAUAGUGCGGAAGUUUUAAGGCAGUGUGGAGUAACUUACCGUUUGAUGAACAAAUAUGAAGAAUCAGUUGUUAUUGUGCCUUAUGUCUUUAUUUUUAAAUCAAAUUGGUAG